CCUAGCAAUGCUUCGCAAAUGUUGGAUCCCCGGCUGGCCUCAUUAUCUAUAGAGUUCUCUUACCUGACUGCGUUUGGCGGGAACAAGACGGACCCGAACUUGUUAACGAAAGAGCUGAUGCAGCGUCUUGUAGAACGUACUGGUGUUGGUCCGGACGUGCGUCCAGGAGGCAUCACGGUUGACAGCACCAUCUUUUCACCGGACGCACCUGCCCUUGUACUGGACGAAAGCUCUUCUGGUGGUAUUUAUCGCACUACUUUCGGUCCGGCCCUCUACGAGUCUCUGCUAGUGUUCCCCAAUUCGACGAAGUUUGUCGUCACUGUCAACAUGGGCAAUGACACGAUCUUGAUAGCGAGAGACGAAAUAGCGGCCGCUGUUGAGUACAUUGGCUGGGAUAGAAUCCGUGCUAUAGAGCUCGGUAACGAAGCAGACCACUACGCUGGCAGUUCCAGGCCUUCCGGAUGGGCCUCGUCCGACUACACUGCGCAGUUCCUGGGAUGGACCUCUGUUCUCUCCCGCAAUCUGUCUCUCCCCCCUCACAUAUUCCAAGCUGGAGGCUUUGCCGAUGAUCCUACACCCUCGGCAUUAAUGACUACUGUCGAUAUUAUCAACGAAGGCGUGGACACAACCCGCGUAAUUGAGCUGUUCGCUCAGCAUACGUACCAGUAUUCGACCUGCGAUCCGGUGCGAAAUGCUAUUGCUACUCUGCCAAACUUGAUUAACCAUCAGAACAUCACUGCAUACCUCGAUCUCUGGAAGCCACAGAUUGCUGCUGCAAAGAGUCGCGGCAAAGAUUUCGUCGUCGGGGAGUUCAGCUCCGUAUCAUGUUCCGGUAAGGAGAACGUGACCGACACGUUUGGCCAAGCUCUAUGGUUAGCAGACACGAUCCUGUACGGAGCCGCGCUAAACAUAUCGAGGAUGUACCUCCAUCAAGGAGCGACUCUAGUUUUCCAGAGCAGCGUCCAGGCGAACAGCCCCGGAUUUUCCUGGUACGAUCUCUGGUACCCGAUCCCGACCGAUCGUUACGGCUCUGCGCGAGCUUCACCUUCCUUCGUCGCCUACCUGCUCAUAGCAGAAGCCGUAGGUCCGUCGACCCAGUCCCAACUUGCGCUUCUUCCUUCCCCUGAAGGGCUGCUAAACCUUGCCGCCUACGCGAUAUGGGACCCCGCCGUCCGAGCCAUGCACGACGGCCCAGCGCGGCUGGCGCUCCUCAACUUAGCAAUACGUAACGUAAGCACGAGCCAGAGCGCGGGCGAAGUUCAGGUAGACUUGACCGCGUGGACAAGAAAUGGGACCCAGGCGAGGGUGAAAAGAAUGACGGCGCCCGGGCUUGACUCGAAGGAUUCCGACACCGCGACGUGGGCGGGACAGAGCUACACGAAUGGGACUGCAAGUGGUGAUGAGAAUAUUGAGCAGCUGGAUGGCGGGAAAGUCGCAAUCAAGGGGAGUGAAGCUGUCCUGGUGUUUUUCUGAACGCGUAUAAA